GCUUCUCGGCUUUUCUCCCUUUUCGUUUUCGGUUUUUCCUCCUCGCCUUUUUCUUCACCAGCUGCCGCUCGCGGGCACAAGAGAGAGAGAGAGAGAGAGAGAGAGAGAAAGGGUUACCGUCUCAGACUCCCCGAGAUCUGGCCUUUGCCUCCAUUGUUUCACCUGAAGGCCGACCGUUGAGUCCCAGUAGCGAUUUUGAAAAUUUGGGUCUGUCGGUUUUUUUUCGGGUUCCUUUGGUGAAUCUCUGGGUUUCUCCUCAUCUGAGGUGAGUUCAGUUUCUGCAGCGACCAUCUUCUUUUCCUUUCUGUUUCGGUCCUUUUGAUGGUGGAAUCUUGUCAGAAGAAUGGAUUCAUGGUGGGUUUUGAGUUUUUGUCGGUGGUGGAUGGGCAAGUGUUGUGUUUGAGGGUGUCGGGAAACAAGUGAGGGCAGGGUGAGGUAAUUCUCCCAAUUUUUUGGCCUGUGGGUCUCUGUUGCCUUUCUGUUUUUCUUGAUUUGGUAAGAGAGAAUUUUGCUUCGGAAAUUUGAGCGAAUUCUUCACAGGGUAGUGGUAUAUUUAGCCAAAAAAAGAGGAAAAGAGAAGUCUAAAAUUGGUUCAUAUUUUAUUUCCUUCUUUUUUUGCUUUGGUGAGAAGUGAGGGAGGAAUCUGUUUAUAACAGUUCGGUUUGGCUGUGCGUUGUCAUCUGUUUGGGAUCUUUCUUCUGUUUUUCUUUUCCUUUUCUAGGGUGUUUGGGGAGGAAGGAAGGGUGAAGGAGGUUUAAGUUUUUUAGUACAUUAGUUCUGUAUUCUUUCUGUGUUUUGAGUCUUCUUUCCGCUGUAAGAGGUAGACAAUUGACUGUUGAGAGAUGACAAUGGAUAAGUAUUGGCAUGGAGAAGCAAAAGCAAUGGCUGUGGACGUUCUGGGUAGUCGUGCUUUCGAGUACUUAACAAGUAGCUAUGCUUGUUCAGAAGGUUUAGAAAUUGCCUCCGCUGAUCCUUCACUGCAGAACAAGCUGUAUGAGCUUGUGGAAGGACAUACAUGUCCCACUCUGAGUUGGAGUUAUGCCAUCUUUUGGCAGGUCUCUAGGACUAAGUCAGGGAGUUUGAUGCUCGGUUGGGGGGACGGUUACUGUAAAGAGUCACGAGAAGAGCUUGAUGGUAAGAGACUGCACUCUUCUCUUGAGGAUGAAGUUACCAAACAGAAGAAGAGGAAAAGGGUUCUUCACCACCUUCACACUUUCUCCGGUGGAUCUAAUGAAGAAAAUUAUGCUCUAGGAUUGGAUAGAGUUUCUGAUGCUGAAAUGUUCUUCCUAUCUUCGAUGUACUUUUCCUUCCCUAGUGGCAUUGGUGCUCCCGGCAAGGCUUUUGGAACCAGGAGGUAUAUCUGGAUCUCUGAUUUCACCAAGACAUCAAAGGAGUUCUGUUACCGAUCUCAUCUUGCUAGUUCUGCGAGGUUCCAAACCUUGGUCUGCAUCCCAACUGAGAAUGGAGUCCUCGAAUUGGGCUCCUUUGUUUCCAUUCCUGAGAAUCAAGGCGUCAUACAGAUGAUUAAGUCUCUCUUUAUUGAUGGUCAAGACUGCCCCUGGUUCCGAUCGAGCAGCACCUCAGCGUUCUCGUCUCCUCCGCCAUCUUCAAGGGUGGUUGCUCCUAUAGCUCUUCGGCGGGAGAACAGUACCAGUUCUGUAUCUGUUGUGCAAUCGAAGGAGAACCCAAAAAUAUUUGGUAGAGAUCUAAAUGUUGCACAAUCUCAAUCAAGUGAGAAGGUUAUGGGAAAGAUCGGGGAUCAGCGCCUUUCCUUGAUAAGCCCCUCCCAUGAUCCACUCAAUCUUCAUUCAAACGGUAGCGGGAAGAUUGUGCCAGUACUGAACUGGGACCAUAUCCAGGACGGGAAACCUGCCAUGGUCUUCAAUUCUCAAGCUCAAGUUUUUAAUCAGCCAAAGCUUUGCAAUGGCAUACCUGCUGUUAGUAAAGAUUCCACUUCACACCUUGUCUGUGCUCAUAGCAAUGGCAGCAGAGAAGAAAACCUAUUGAGUCGAUUUCAGAGUCAAGACCAACAUGGACAGCCGGAUCUUACUGGAGUUGCCGUAACAGCUUCUAGUGCUCGGUCGGGCGUAAUCGACUCCGAGCACUCUGAUGUUGAGGCUUCGUGUAAGGAUGAUCGUCUGGCACAAAUGGAUGAAAGGAGGCCGCGGAAGAGAGGGAGGAAGCCGGCAAACGGAAGGGAAGAGCCUCUGAACCAUGUCGAAGCUGAGAGACAGAGGCGGGAGAAGCUGAACCAGAGGUUCUACGCAUUGAGAGCUGUGGUGCCAAACAUCUCGAAGAUGGAUAAGGCCUCGCUGCUUGGGGAUGCUGUCGCCUACAUCAUGGAACUUCAGAAGAAGCUCAGAGACAUGGAAGGAGAGAGAGAAGAAACUAACGCGGCAGAUCACGGGAUGAGAACCUGCCUUCCUGAGGUCGAUGUGCAGACGUUGCAAGACAAGGUAGUUAUCCAGAUGAGCUGCCCCUUGGACGCACAUCCGAUCGGAAAAGUGCUUCAUGCUUUUAAGGAAGCUGAGAUUUCAAUGGUGGAGUCGAAUAUAUCGACUAGUAGUGAUACAGUCUUACAUACUUUCACUGUCAGGCCUCAUGGGCCCAAGCAGAUUACAAAAGACAAGUUGAUUGCUGUAUUCUCUAAUGAAGUAAAGAGUUUGUAGUUGUAAUUCUGAUUUAUUAGGUCUUGGACCAACAUCCUGUAAUAAUUUUUGUUAUUCUAGUUAUGGAAGAAUCCUUUGGAGGAAUGCCCUUCUUAGGUAACUAUAUGCCAGGAUAAGUGGCAUGAGUUGUAUGGUUUGUGGCCUGUGGGUGUUCUGCCCAUUUUUGGCUGUACUGUAGCUGAUCCCCUGGAACUUCACCUC